GCUGUGAAUUUUCCAACCGCAUAUAUCGCUCAAAAUCAAAACCAGAAUGAUACGUCUAAUUACAGUGACUACGGUAACUGCUACACUCCAACAUUAGACGCCACCAUCAGACAUACGGAGAACGUCAGACUUACGGAGAACGUCAGACAUACAGAGAACUUCAGACAUACGGAGAACGUCAGACAUACAGAGAACUUAGGUACAAACAGCGGCGAUACUCGGGGGGAAUAUAAUGAACUCACUAAUCAGAGCACUGCAAAGGGUGGUCACCGGGUCAAUGAAGACACACAUUCGACACACCCCAACAGUCAUCGCCAUGAUGUGGAGCAGCUGCACGCACGCAGAGAGCAGAACAGGGUGAGUGAAUGUUUGUGGUAG